AUGACUGGUAUGAAUGAUAAUAAUGCCGCUAUUCCUCAGCAUACUCCAAGGAAACAUGCGCUCUCUUCUAAAGUUAUGCAACUCUUUAGAAGUGGUUCAAGAUCAUCCAGACAAGUAAAGCCUUCUUCGAAUAUUCCACCCCCUUUUAAUAUAGACACAAACGUCUCUUCAGCGUCUAAAUCAACGAAGCUUGGUUUGCAUACCCCAACUUCUGCUACAGUUAGAGUGACGCCCAACUCUACUAAUACUGUAGGUGUAAGUAAAACAGGCAUAUACAUGCCCGACUAUUAUCAGUCGACAUCGCCAUCCCACUCCAGUUCGUCCGCGUCAUUGAAUAACCACAUGGAUAUUAACACCUCUAAAUCAUCGUCUGCUGCCUCCUUAACUUCAUCUGUAUCGGCUUUGUCCUUAUCACCUACAUCUGCCAUAAAUACCAGCUCCAAAAGUUUGAGCCCCAAAUUUUCCCAUCAGAGUAAUACUAACACUGUCUUUACGCCCGCACCUACGACUUCAGCCUCAAGUAUCAAUAAUGUUAAUAAGAUAACCAAUACAAGUGCACCAGUCUGUGGAAGGUUUCUAGUACAUAAAGAUGGUACUCACGAACACCACUUAAAGAAUGCUAAGAGACAAGAGAAGCUAAGCACAAUGAUUAAGAACAUUGUUGGUGCAAGCAAAUUACGUGGUGAGGCAAAAUCUGCCGUUCCUGAUAUAAUAAUGGAUCCAAAGACUACUUUAAAGACGACCAAGAAUCCUCCUUCUCUUUUUGCAGGGUUCAUGAAGCAGGUAGCAGACAUGGACGACAAAUAUCCAGAAGGUACUCCGGUAAGUGGAACUUUAAAUAGUUCUGAAAGGGAUAUUUACAAACCAGAUCAGAAAGACUCUGGGAAUAAUGCGAACAGUACCACGUCUACCAAAAGAGAUACACAAUGUUUUGCGGAAAAGUAUGGCCGCUGCCAAGAAGUCCUUGGUAAAGGGGCUUUUGGUGUAGUUAGAAUAUGUCAAAAGAAAAAUGUGUCAUCUCAGGAUGGCAAUAAAAGUGAAAAGCUUUACGCAGUAAAAGAGUUCAAGCGUAGAGCAUCUGAAUCUGUGGAAAAGUACUCUAAAAGAUUAACUUCAGAAUUUUGUAUUUCUUCUUCAUUGCACCAUACAAAUAUUGUUAAUACGUUAGAUCUUUUCCAAGAUGCUAAAGGCGAGUACUGUGAAGUAAUGGAAUAUUGUGCAGGUGGUGAUUUAUUCACUUUAGUUAUUGCCGCCGGAAAAUUAGAAUAUAUGGAAGCCGACUGCUUUUUUAAGCAGCUUAUAAGAGGCGUUGUUUAUAUGCACGAAAUGGGUGUUUGCCAUAGAGAUCUAAAACCUGAGAAUUUACUACUUACCCAUGAUGGUGUACUAAAGAUAACAGACUUUGGUAACAGUGAAUGUUUCAAGAUGGCAUGGGAGAAAAAUAUUCACCUUAGCGGAGGUAUCUGUGGCUCAUCACCAUACAUAGCCCCGGAGGAAUAUAUAAAAGAAGAGUUCGAUCCAAGACCCGUAGAUAUAUGGGCAUGUGGUGUCAUCUAUAUGGCAAUGAGGACUGGUAGACAAUUGUGGAGCUCUGCUGAAAAGGAGGAUCCAUUUUAUAUGAAUUACUUGAAGGGACGUAAGGAGAAAGGCGGUUAUGAGCCAAUCGAAAGUUUGAAAAGAGCCAGGUGUAGGAAUGUCAUAUAUUCGAUGUUAGAUCCCGUUCCGUAUAGAAGAAUCAAUGGGAAACAGAUUUUGAAUAGUGAAUGGGGAAGGGAGAUAAAAUGUUGUCAUAAUGGACGCGCAUUGAAAUAA